AUGUUCUCAAAACUCCUUGUUCUUUUCCUUUUCCUCCAUUGUACUUUGGAAGAAAAGCGAAAGGUUGAGGAGGUAGGAGGAGACUCCUCUCAAGGAGCGGUGGGCUGCACCAUAUCGCCAGGAAGAAAAAAGCUUAGCAUCCUUCCAGGCAGUGGAUGGGAUAAUCUGGUGAACGAGGAGAGAGGACUCACUACUAAUCGAGAGCUCUACAAGAUGUGUCGUACAUCGGCUGAUGGGAACUAUCUUAUUCCUGACGACAUGAUAAUUGGCGAGUUGAAUGACUCUCUCUUCUCAAUUUCUCGACUUUCCGUAGAGCCCAUUAAGAAUUCUCAGAUUGAACUCUCCUCGAAAGUCUUUACCCACUUCACAAACUACACUACACUUACGGCCUUUUCAAUGAACUCGGCUGCAGACGUCAAACUCCACUUUGUUUCUGUUGGGGGUGACUUCUCCUUUGAAAAGGACGUUAUCAGGAGAGCCGAAAAUCAAAACAACGGUCUGACAGUAAGAUCCCAAUUGCGGCACCGCUGGUACGUUGUACACCAACUUCCCGAUCCACAGCUUCAUCCGCGAUUUCGAAAUCGACUGUUGGAUAUCGCAGCCCAUCUGGCACGCAGUAACAUCACUGAAGGGGGUGACGUCGACGGUGAUGCGGCACGCAUUAGAGGAACCGACCUUCUCUCGCUAGUAGGGAAGGACAGUGUCGGUCUGCUUGCCACACCCUUGGAUCCUCUUACGGUCGAAGAAAACAGACAGGCCAUGGUUCGUGUAAUGGACAGUCUCCGCGCCGCGUACUUAGCCGACCUCAUUGUCAGAGACUUCGGAACCCACACUGUGGUGGCUGUUGAAGCUGGAGCCGUUGUGGCUAAACUUGAUAGCCUUACCAGUUCCAGCAGAAAGAUGAGUAACGAAGAUAGGCUGGAGGUCGAAACCGCUGCCUCGACAUCUUUUGCCAGCCUUUUCGACUUCAGAACAGCAACUAAGUUUGGUGGGAAUCAAAAGAUGAUGGAGAACUAUAAUUCAAAGGUGGCUUCUAGUGUUAUCUUGAGCUAUGGUGGGCCCAGUAUCAAGGUGGGUAACAUGAACCUCACAGAGUGGGAAAGGCAUCUGGAGGAUCAUCUUGUAGCAGUAGACCGUCGUGGACGACCACUUUACGACCUCAUCACGCCUCGCGCAUUGCCUGAGCUUAGUGAAUCGCUCACAUUUCGCCUUGCAGCAGCAGUAAAAGCUGCAGUAAUGCGCUACUACGAGGCGAAUUCCUUGAUUGGUGAGUUAAGGAUCUUAAGUGUACCAAAUAUCAGUAAACGAUGUCUUGAUCCUUCAUCAACUGCCUACGACAGUGACGCCAACGUGGCUGCAGACCACUGCGACGACUUUUCUCACCAGGAUCCUCCUACGGGCAACGAGAGGGGACAAAUGCCUUUCGGAGGAGUUUAUACAACAUGCAAGGGCCCCAAUGACCUCUGCUUACGUUACAGAGCACCCAACUUGGCUACUGGCAACACCUCCUGCCCAAAGGGAUAUAUGUCGAUAAAUCUCCUGCCCUCACAGAUACGCUCCUGCGCAGUUACCUGUCAGGAUCGCGGCGUCUUCCAAGAGCCUCUGUGCCUACACGAGUGUGCUGUCACUAGUGCCUUCUGGUGCGCUCUCGAUCCUUCCACUAAAACCGAUGAGAAGAAUGAACUCGGCUUCCUCUUUGGCGGCUUAUACACUGACACUACGACGAAUCCAAUAACCAAGGCGCAGUCCUGUCCUCCAUACUACGAAGUGCAGUCCGUGGGUCGGCGCAUUCAGGUCUGCGUGUCCACUGACUUUGAAAUGGGACAUCGGUACUCUCUGGCUUUUGGCGGAUUCUACGCCUGUCAGUCGGGGAAUCCGUUGUAUGACGUGCUCUCUCUCAACUCUAGUUUGCUGAAUAGAAUCCAGCAGAUGAGAAGGGAGUUGCAUGCGGGCUUGCAAAUCGGUCAAAAUGAUAGUAGCGGAAAUGCAAGUGUAGAAGACCUCGAUAUCUUAUGGCCCAAACGGUGUCCUAAUGGGUAUACGUCUCACAUGGCUGGAAUAGAAGACACUUGUCUUCCGAACUUUGCGAGCGUUGCAACACCAUUAGAUCUUCGACUGGCUGAUACAUACUCCGGCCGAACCUUUCACAACCAAGGAGGCGAAUGGGUAUCGGAUCCAACUGAGGCUGAGUCAGUUGAUAUGAAUACAACAGCCUUCUUUAUCCUCGCCAUCGUCAUAAUCGUGGUCCUUUUCGUGGUUGUGAUGGGAUUUGUCAUUUACCAUGUUUACAGGCGGGUGACACACUCAAGGCGACGAGGUCCAUUCAAUCCGACCGAAGUGUCUACCGCAUAG